AUGUCUGCUCCAAUUGAAAAAGUCUGCCUCGUCGGCGCCAAUGGCUCGCUCGGCUCCGUCAUCCUCGACGCCCUCGUCGCCGCCCACACCUUUUCCGUCUCCGUCCUCGUGCGCGCCAACUCGACCUCCACGCCCGCCCACGCCGACCGCAUCACCCAGAUCCCCUUCUCCCCGACCUUUGACACCGCCGAGCUCACGCGGCUGCUCGCCGGCCAGGAUGCCGUCAUCGCCGCCUUCCCGCUCAAGGAUGUGUCGCAGCACCUGCGUCUCGCCGAGGCGGCGUGCGCGGCCGGCGUGCGGCGCUACGUCCCCGCCGACUACGGCUCGUGCGACGCCCGCAGCCCGCGCGCCCAGCGGCACCUGCAGCUGUACCGCGACAAGGCGGCCGUGCAGGCGCUGUGCGAGACCCUCGCCAAGGCGCACGAGGGCUUCUCGUGGACGUCCAUCGUGUCGGGCCACUUCUUCGACUGGGGGCUGCGCAACAACGUGCUGAACAUGGACGUGGCGGCGCGCACCGCGCUGGCGCUGGACGACGGGACGGCGCGCGCGUCGGCGUCGACGCUGCCACGCGUGGCGCAGGCGGUGGUGAGGGUGCUGCAGAGGCACAAGGCGACGAGAGACCGCUUCGUCUUCGUGCAGAGCUUCUGCGCGACGCCGCUGGAGGUGCUGGCGGCGCUGGAGCGCGCGACGGGCGGGGAGGCGUGGAAGACGGACAAGGCGGAGUCGGAGGCGUUUUUGGACGGGGAGACGAAAAAGUACGAGGCGGGGGAUGAGCACGCGCUGCACAACAUCGUGUUCGCACUCGGCCAGGUGGGCGCGGACUGGACGACGAGGGAGGAGUUUGCGAUGGACUUGCUGGGCUUGGAGGACGAGGACCUGGAUGAGGUGGUGGAAAGGGUGGUGGGUGAGAUGAAGGCCGAGGGCUUGGCGUAG